AUGGCGUCCAGCAAAGUGAACAAGCAGGGAGGCCCACGGGCUGAAAGCUACCGAUAUGCCGUCACUCCUUCCGGCGAUGAGAAGAAGAAGAAAAAGAAGAAGAAGGAAGAUGACUUGGAUGAACUUAAACAAGAACUGGACAUGGAUGAGCACAAAAUUCCUAUUGAAGAGUUGUAUGAGAGACUCGGAGCUGAUCCAGUUAACGGACAUACUGUGGAACGAGCCAAGGAGAUCCUGCUCCGUGAUGGUCCAAACGCACUGACCCCACCCAAGACAACACCAGAGUGGAUCAAGUUUUGUAAAGUGCUGUUCACUGGUUUCUCCCUGCUGCUGUGGAUUGGUGCCAUUCUGUGUUACAUUGCCUAUGGUAUCCAAGCCAGUCAGAUGGAGGCGCCACCUGGGGACAAUCUGUACCUGGGCAUCGUGCUGACGGCUGUGGUCGUGGUUACCGGAAUCUUCUCCUAUUAUCAGGAAGCCAAGAGCUCUCGAAUUAUGGACUCCUUCAAGAACAUGGUGCCACAGUAUGCUAUUGUGGUUCGCGGUGGCCAGAAGCUGAGUGUGCAUGCUGAGGAAUUGGUCAUGGGUGACAUUGUGGAGGUCAAGUUUGGUGAUCGAGUCCCCGCCGACAUCCGCGUUAUUUCUGCUCAUGGCUUCAAGGUAGAUAACUCUUCCCUAACUGGAGAAUCUGAGCCUCAGACCCGCACAGCCGAAUUUACCCAUGAGAACCCCCUAGAAACCAGGAACCUGGCUUUUUUCUCCACCAACUGUGUUGAAGGUACUGCUCGCGGUAUUGUGGUCAAGAUUGGUGACAAGUCUGUGAUGGGUCGUAUUGCCAACUUGGCCUCAGGUCUGGAGGUUGGAGAGACGCCAAUUGCCAAGGAGAUUGCCCACUUCAUCCAUAUUAUCACAGGUGUUGCUGUUUUUCUUGGAGUCACCUUUUUCGUCAUUGCGUUCAUCUUGGGAUACUUCUGGUUGGAUGCUGUCAUCUUCCUCAUUGGUAUCAUUGUGGCUAAUGUGCCUGAAGGUCUCCUGGCUACUGUCACAGUGUGCCUGACGCUGACUGCCAAGCGUAUGGCCAAGAAGAACUGCCUGGUGAAGAACCUGGAAGCUGUGGAAACUCUGGGCUCCACGUCCACCAUCUGCUCCGACAAGACAGGAACCUUGACCCAGAACAGGAUGACUGUAGCUCACAUGUGGUUUGAUGGCCGCAUCGUGGAGGCAGACACCAGCGAGGAUCAGUCUAAUGCCUCCUACUCUCGCAAUGACAAGACCUGGAUGGCUCUGGCCCGCAUCAGUAUGUUGUGUAAUCGUGCUGAGUUCAAGGUCGGACAGGAGAAUGUGCCUGUGCUGAAACGAGAAUGUAACGGAGAUGCCUCUGAGUCAGCUCUGCUGAAAUGUGUGGAACUUUCCAUUGGAAAUGUCACAGAAUAUCGUCGCAGGAACAAAAAGAUUGUUGAAAUCCCAUUCAACUCAACUAACAAAUAUCAGGUAUCUAUCCAUGAGACAGAAGACCCCAAUGACCCCCGCUAUCUGCUGGUGAUGAAAGGUGCCCCCGAGAGAAUCAUGGACCGCUGCUCCACAAUCCUGAUGCAUGGCAAGGACCAGCCCCUGGACGACAACUUCCGCGAAGCUUUCAAUGCUGCCUACAUGGAGCUGGGAGGGCUCGGAGAGAGGGUUCUGGGUUUCUGUGAUUAUUUGCUGCCAACGGAAGAGUACCCCCCUGGCUUUGAUUUUGACCCUGAGGGACCCAACUUCCCCAUCACUGGCCUGAGAUUUGUGGGACUGAUGUCUAUGAUUGACCCACCCAGAGCUGCUGUCCCAGACGCUGUCGGCAAGUGUAGAAGUGCUGGCAUUAAAGUUAUCAUGGUUACCGGAGACCACCCAAUCACAGCCAAGGCCAUUGCUAAAGGUGUCGGCAUUAUCUCUGAGGGCAGCAAGACAGUGGAAGAUAUUGCUGCAGAGCGAGGCGUUCCCGUCGAAGAAGUCGACCCAAGAGAAGCCAAGGCUGCUGUCAUCCAUGGUGGUGACCUCCGAGACAUGACCCCGGCUCAGAUUGACGAGAUUUUGAUCCACCAUGCGGAGAUUGUGUUUGCUCGUACUUCUCCCCAGCAAAAACUGAUCAUCGUGGAAGGCUGUCAGCGACAGGGUCAGAUUGUUGCCGUCACGGGUGAUGGUGUCAAUGAUUCUCCCGCUCUCAAGAAAGCUGAUAUUGGUGUGGCUAUGGGUAUUGCUGGCAGUGACGUCAGUAAACAGGCCGCUGACAUGAUCUUGCUGGAUGACAACUUUGCAUCAAUUGUAACAGGUGUUGAGGAAGGACGUUUGAUUUUUGACAACUUGAAGAAAUCGAUUGCCUACACUUUGACAUCAAACAUCCCCGAGAUCUCCCCGUUCUUGUUCUUCAUCAUCGCUGACAUUCCACUGCCCCUGGGCACCAUCACCAUCUUGUGCAUCGAUUUGGGCACGGACAUGGUGCCGGCCAUCUCUCUGGCCUACGAACAAGCAGAGCUGGACAUCAUGAAGCGUAUGCCCCGUAAUCCAUUCACAGACAAGCUGGUCAAUGAGAGGUUGAUCAGCAUGGCCUAUGGUCAGAUUGGCAUGAUCCAGGCCACAGCCGGCUUCUUCACUUACUUUGUUGUCAUGGGCGAGAACGGCUUCUGGAUGACCAGGCUGCUGGGUCUGCGUAAGGAGUGGGACUCUGUUGGCAUCAAUGACCUGGAGGACUCUUACGGCCAGGAGUGGACUUACUCCCAGCGCAAGAAGCUUGAGUACACCUGCCACACGGCCUUCUUCGUCUCCAUUGUCGUUGUCCAGUGGGCUGACUUGAUCAUCUGCAAGACCAGGCGCCUGUCACUGUUCCAGCAAGGAAUGAAAAAUCACCACCUGACGUUUGGCAUCUUCUUUGAGACUGCCCUGGCUGCGUUCCUCUGCUACUGCCCAGGACUGGACAAGGGACUGCGCAUGCAGCCUCUCAGGUUCACCUGGUGGCUGGUUGCCCUGCCGUACAGUCUGACCAUCUUUAUUUACGACGAGGUUCGCAAACUGAUCAUCCGCCGCAGCCCCGGAGGUUUUGUAGAGAGAGAGACUUACUACUAA